AAAUUCGGAAAAAAUCAGUUAUUUGUUUAUAAUCGUGUACCUAUUGACAUAUUAUAAUACAUAAAGAACAUGUCUGCUUUUAAUUUGAAAGGAAAACUCGUGUUCAAACUAGCCACUGACAAUUUGCAACAACUCCCGCCGCCAUAACUUUGGACAAACCUAGAUAUGAUUAUGCUAUGUGCAGGAAGACACGGAGGAAAUAGUGCUAACUAACGUUACGCGCAAAUAGGCUACCAUGACUCAGCGCUAGCUGAGAGAGAAGCAUCCCGUACAGGUAAAAAAGGAAACGCUAUUCUACAUGGAGAAGGCUGGAGGAUGCAUCCCCAGUGGUGAUGCUGUGAUGAAGGAACCAGUAAGCAUCUAAACAGAACAUAGCUGGGGACACAGUUUGGAACUCCAAGCAUGCCUCCCUCCGCUUGGAGCAGACUGUCUCCAUGGAUAGAGAGUCUGAUCCUCAGCUAUGGCGGCCAGGAGGAGAGCCACAGCGGGCUGCUGAAGGCCAGGGUCAUCGAGGUGGGGGAUCUAUCAAAGUCCCAGGAUUUUGGCUCGGAGUGCCCCACAGGGCUCCUCUUCCUGUCGGACGGGCUGCUCCAGAUCCCUGCCAUUCUCACAAAGUCAGCUUGGGAACACCUUCAGCAGGAGGAGGACCGUGAAUGUUUCACCAGCCUGGUCAACACCACGGUCUGCAUCCAUGACUAUCAGCUUCAGUUCCACAUGGCCAUGGAAAAGACCAAAUGCAGAUUUGUCUUAUCAAUCCGGGAGCUGUCCACGACUGCCACGGGGCCGGUUAAAGGUAGCACGAUUUGCAGCACAGCGCUGCCGUCCAUCAGGAAGCAGAUCUGUAUGACACGCAAGGGCCUGCUUGGUCAGGAGACGCAGGACUCCCAGUGUGUGUUCGAUCUGUCGGAGCUGCUGGGAGAGUGGCAGCAAGACUGCUUGGAGGCCGUGCUGGAGGACGUCAGGGAGAGGCUGAUGGCAGCGAGCUCGCAGCCCUCCACGUCCACUUGGAACCAAUUGGCAACCUACACAGACACAAGCUGGGGUGUCGACAGGGUCAGAUAUAAGGGAGUGAAAGCUUUCAAUGUCCCCAUGAAGUGUCUUCUCAUCUCGGCGGAAGACGCUCAGCAGAAUCAAACACCUCUGAAUGUCCGAGGCAGUACAGCUAGUGAACUGUUUGUCCCCUCUGAGGACGGAGAGAGCGCAAUGCCUCCACCUUCAGAGACCACGUCACCUUCUAAUGACAACGCAGAGUGGAGAAUAGCCAUGCCCGAAGUGGUAGAAAGUGAUGGAGAUGCCAAUGAGACUUUGCCGUGUCCGGUGGAGGACAGCAUGCUACAAGACAACGCAAUGGCCGACAUGAAUGAUUGCGAUUUAUCCAACCCCUGGGAUACUUUCCCUCCACCAUGGGAAACUUUGUCAUCCUCUGAUGCGUCUCCGAGCAGAUCGCUGGACCACCCCGCCACUACCAGAUUCAGGUCCGAGCAACCUGUGAUCCCUGUGUGUAGCUCCAGGGAAUCCCAGCAGACAUCCGAGCCCAGCAACCUCCCGCCGUACCAGAAACUCCAGCAAUCAGCCGCUUCUCCGAGUUGUGUGAGUCUGCAGGAAUCCCUCAGUAGACCGUCAGAGCCUUUCCCUUCCCCAGACCAAGGACGCACAGACUCUGCACCACCGCCUCCGCCUUCGGACCAAAAAAGAUUUAUUCUGGAAAAACCUGUGGAGGAGACCGCUGAGAGGGAGUAUAGAAAGGUGAAGAGAAAGAGAAGUGAGCCGACCGGGUCGGCGGAGGAGGCGGAAGCUCAGAUCAGUGGGAGCCCUCCCUCCUGGCUCUUUGACACUCAGGCAGGCUCCGGGGCCAACGAGGGCAGCAGUCCCCUGGAAACGGCCUUCGAGGUCUCCAGAAAUAGAGCCACAGUCCACAGCGACGGCUGCCUGUUCUCUUACUCCUACCAGGUGUCGGGACAGAAUUUGCAGGAUUUCAGUCGAUUCAAAGUGGCAGAGUCCUUUCUGCAGUGGGCAGUGAAAUAUCUUGUUGUUCCGAAGCAAACGGGUGAGCCGGCAGCCUCAGAUCAAACGCUGUCAGACGAGCCGGCUGUCACCUCGCUUUAGGUUAAAAUGUGGAAAGGUAAACCCUUCAGUCAUUGUUUCCGUCAUAUUAGUCUCUUUUUGUCCACUCGUGUUAAUGUUUUGCAAGGCAAUGUUUAUGGUAUGUUUGAGGCAAAAAGUAAAAUGUACGGAUUGGAAAAAUGAUGGUACAUGUUCACUGUGAAACUAUUUAAACCCGUCCAGCUUAAAUAAAAUGAGCAAAAAAAGCUA